AUGCCGACCCAAAAGCCCGAACUUCCUCCACUAAAGACGCCCCAAUCAUUUACAUUCCCAUCGGAAAUCCAAGACGAUCCUAAAGCUGUUUGUAUCGAGAUCAAGCGCGAAGACAGCAGCGACAGCUCAAUCCCCACCCCGGACGCUUAUAAAAAGUUCCUCGAGGCCCUUUCUCCUGCCUAUGCCAGUCCAGUGAGCUCUGGCGGGAGUUAUCCGAAAUUUACAUUUGAUAAAGACGGUCCCUCGCCAACAUCACAGCCGUCUACUGCGACCAGUCCAGCCUUUUCCUCUGGCGCGUCGCUGAAGUCCCCUGCUAUUUCACUCCCGCCGAUCUCCCCACGUAAUGUGAGGUCGCCAAAAUCGCCACAUGCACUUCGACGACUACGUAUUCCGCACGCGAUCAAGACCUCAAUGAAGGACUCACCACGCACUGCUACCCCGUUGAGCGCGACUCCUCGGAGUACGACCGCUCUUCACUCACCCUUUUCACCGACAAGCUGGAAGCUGCGGUACUUUGAAGCACCCCGAAGUGCCACACCCCGAAGUGCUACGAGCGCUAAGGCUGUGAGUGUCAGACAAGUAGUGACUCGCACAGUUACAUACAAACGCACGCCCCUUGAGCCUCCCCCAAAGGGAAAACGUCGCAAGACUCAAGAGCGUAAAGAAGUCUGA